AUGGCUACUUCGUCUUAUCUUCUCGCCUCCGCCCCCCUGCCUCGUCUCGGAGCCUCCCUGCUUUCCGCGACCCGCUCCGCAACCGCUCCUCGCCGCAUUGCACCGCGCUCGCCCGUUGUCGCGGCCGCUGACUCGUCGUCGAGCGCGCAGCACGUCGCGGCGGCGUCCCCCCAGGCCGACCGGCGGUCGCUUCUUCUGGCGGGGCUGGCCCUGGCGUGCGGAGCGAGUGCGGUGGCGGGCGAGGCGAGGGCGGCGAGCUGCGAGCUGACGGCGACGCCGUCGGGGCUGCAGUUUUGCGACACCACCGUGGGCGACGGCGUCGAGGCCGCCGCUGGCAUGCUCAUCAAGGCGCACUACAACGGCACGCUGCUGGACGGCACCGUCUUCGACAACAGCUACCGCCGCGGCCGCCCCCUCGUCUUCCGCGUCGGCGCCGGCGAGGUGAUCAAGGGGUGGGACCUGGGCAUCGUGGGCGGGGAAGGCAUUCCCCCCAUGCGCGUCGGGGGCAAGCGCACGCUGCGCAUCCCAGCAUCACUGGCGUACGGUGCAAGAGGCGCCGGGUGCCGAGGAGGGUCGUGCAUCAUCCCCCCCAACUCCGAGCUGCUCUUUGAUGUCGAGUUCGUUGCCAAGGCGUAG